AUAGAACUUGCGAAUUCGGUAUUGAGAAUUUGCGAUACCGAUCUGGGAGAAGAGAAGGGCGUCAUGUCGUCGUUCGGACGCAAUUCAUGGUGUAUCCUCGUGCUGGCCUCCGUGCUCCUCCUGUCCUGCCUCGCCGACACGGCCGUGGCCAAGCGAACAGGCGAGCUCACCGUCUUCUGGGGCCGGAACAAGGAGGAGGGCACACUGCGUGAGGCCUGCGACACCGGGCUCUACAACACCGUCAUCAUCUCCUUCUACAGCGUGUUCGGCCACGGCCGCUACGCCCUCGACCUCUCCGGCCACCCGCUGGACGGCGUCGGCGCCGACAUCAAGCACUGCCAGUCCCUGGGCAUCCCGGUCUUCCUCUCCAUCGGCGGCGGGGGAAACCACUACUCCAUCCCUUCCUCCGCGUCCGCGGAGGCCGUCGCGGACAACCUGUGGAACGCGUUCCUCGGCGGCGGCAACAGCGACGUGCCCCGCCCCUUCGGUGACGCGGCGGUCAACGGCAUCGACUUCUACAUCGACGACCACAGCGCACCGGGCGACCACUACGACGAGCUCGCGCGCCGUCUCGACUACUUCAACAGCAUGUACUACCACGCCACGACGAAGUACGUACGGCUGACGGCGACGCCGCGGUGCGCGUUCCCGCCCGACGACCCCAUGGCGCGGGCGCUGCGGACGGGGCUGUUCGAGCGCAUCCACGUCCGCUUCUACGGCGACGCCGACAAGUGCUCGUACAAGAACGGCGACGUGUCCGGCGUCGUGGACCAGUGGAGCAAGUGGACGGCGAGGUACCCCAAGAGCCAGCUUUACGUGGGGCUCGCCGCGGCCGAGAGCGGCGUGCCGGACCACGCGCCGCCCCCCGUUGAGGUCUACCUCAAAUACCUCUACUACGAUCUGCUGCCCAAGGUGCAGAAGGCGCCCAACUAUGGUGGCGUCAUGGUCUGGAAUAGGUUCACCGACAACAGGACCGGAUACAGCGGCGCCGUCAAGGGCUGGGCGGCUUGCAGCUAUGCUGGCUGUGUUAACUAAGUGCAUAGCGCAUGUAUAAACCACGUAAAUAAUUCGUAUAAGGUGCAAGUAUAAAUAAACACAAGAGACUUUCGUGAUAAUCGAAUGUUUCUUUAUGUCUAAAA